GGACUGGGUCGGAUUGAGAGAGGCCAGCCAUGUAACGCCUGUGGUGACCAGUGCCCUGGGUUUGCCUUGCAUAAAUGGAGGAAGAUCUGCCUACACUGCAAGUGUCCCCAGGAGGAGCACAUGGUAACAGUGAUGCCGCUGGAGAUGGAGAAGACCAUCAGCAAACUCAUGUUUGACUUCCAGAGGAACUCGACCUCAGAUGAUGACUCAGGCUGUGCCUUGGAAGAGUACGCCUGGGUUCCCCCGGGGCUGAAGCCUGAGCAGGUGCACCAGUACUAUAGCUGCCUCCCAGAAGAGAAAGUCCCUUAUGUCAACAGUCCUGGAGAGAAAUUGCGCAUCAAGCUGCUAUUGCACCAGCUGCCGCCCCAUGACAAUGAGGUUCGAUAUUGCAACUCCCUGGAUGAGGAAGAGAAGAGGGAGCUGAAGCUGUUCAGCAACCAGAGGAAACGUGAGAACUUGGGCCGAGGGAAUGUCAGGCCCUUCCCUGUUACCAUGACAGGAGCCAUUUGUGAGCAGUGCGGAGGGCAGAUUAAAGGUGGGGACAUUGCUGUGUUUGCAUCACGUGCUGGCCAUGGUAUCUGCUGGCAUCCACCCUGCUUUAUAUGCACCGUCUGCAAUGAGCUUUUGGUUGACUUGAUCUACUUUUACCAAGAUGGGAAGAUCUACUGUGGUAGGCACCAUGCUGAGUGCCUGAAGCCACGCUGUGCAGCCUGUGACGAGAUCAUCUUUGCAGAUGAGUGCACGGAAGCUGAGGGACGACACUGGCACAUGAGACACUUCUGCUGCUUUGAGUGUGAGACCGUGCUGGGGGGCCAACGCUACAUCAUGAAGGAAGGAAGGCCCUACUGCUGCCACUGCUUUGAGUCCCUAUAUGCAGAAUAUUGUGACACCUGUGCCCAACAUAUAGGUAUCGACCAAGGUCAAAUGACCUACGACGGCCAACACUGGCAUGCUACAGAGACCUGUUUCUGCUGCGCUCAUUGUAAGAAGUCCCUCCUGGGGCGACCGUUCCUCCCAAAGCAGGGCCAGAUAUUCUGCUCACGGGCCUGCAGUGCUGGGGAGGACCCCAAUGGCUCUGACUCAUCUGAUUCGGCUUUCCAGAACGCCAGAGCCAAGGAGUCUCGUCGCAGUGCCAAAAUCGGCAAGAACAAAGGCAAAACAGAGGAGGCCAUGCUGAGCCAGCACAGCCAGUUGCAGGUGAGUUCUAACCGGCUCUCAGCCGAUGUGGACCCCCUGUCAGUGCAGAUGGAUCUCCUCAGCCUAUCCAGUCAGACGCCCAGCCUCAAUCGGGACCCCAUUUGGAGGAGCCGAGAUGAGCCCUUCCAUUAUGGGAACAAGAUGGAGCAGAACCAAUCCCAGAGUCCUUUGCAGCUUCUCAGCCAGUGCAACAUCAGAACUUCCUAUGGUUCUGGAGGGCAGGGAGCAGGAGCCCAGCCUGAUGUGUGGGCCAAGCACUUCAGCAACCCCAAGAGAAGCUCGUCAAUGGCCAUGAAGGGGCACGGUGGCAGCUUUAUCAAGGAAUGCCGUGAGGACUAUUACCCAGGGAGGCUGAUGUCCCAGGAGAGCUACAGCGAUAUGUCCAGCCAAAGCUUUAGUGAAACCCGAGGCAGCAUCCCAGUUCCCAAGUAUGAGGAGGAGGAAGAAGAAGAGGAAGGUGGCAUAUCUACCCAGCAGUGCCGGCCCCGUCAUCCGCUCAGUUCCCUCAAAUAUACAGAGGACAUGACACCCACAGAACAGACUCCUCGUGGCUCUAUGGAAUCACUGGCCCUGUCCAAUGCAACAGGCCUGUCUGCGGAAGGUGGUGCCAAGCGCCAGGAGCACCUAUCUCGGUUUUCCAUGCCUGACCUCAGCAAAGACUCUGGGAUGAAUGUCUCAGAAAAGCUGAGCAACAUGGGCACUCUCAACUCCUCCAUGCAAUUCAGGAGUGCAGAGUCUGUCCGGAGCCUGCUGUCUGCACAACAGUACCAGGAGAUGGAGGGGAACCUUCACCAGCUCAGCAACCCCCUAGGGUACAGGGACUUACAGUCCCAUGGAAGGAUGCACCAGAGCUUUGAUUUUGAUGGCAGCAUAGCAAGCAGCAAGCUGCCAGGGCAGGAAGGUGUGCGCAUCCAGCCCAUGAGUGAACGCACCCGGAGGAGAGCUACUUCCAGGGAUGACACCCGCCGCUUCCGCCCUCACCGGUCCAGAAGGUCUCGACGCUCACGCUCAGACAAUGCCCUGCACCUAGCCAGCGAGCGGGAGGUCAUCGCUCGGUUGAAGGAAAGGCCCCCUCUAAGAGCUAGGGAGGACUAUGACCAGUUCAUGCGCCAACGGAGCUUCCAGGAGAGCCUGGGACAGGGGUCCCGGCGGGAUCUGUACGGCCAGUGUCCCAGGACUGUGUCAGAUCUGGCUUUGCAGAAUGCCUUUGGGGAACGAUGGGGACCCUACUUCACGGAGUAUGAUUGGUGCUCCACCUGCUCCUCCUCUUCAGAGUCCGAUAAUGAGGGCUACUUCCUAGGCGAACCCAUCCCCCAGCCAGCCCGCCUACGAUAUGUCACCAGUGAUGAGCUGCUGCACAAGUACAGCUCCUACGGUGUCCCCAAAUCCUCCACCUUAAGUGGCAGAGGACAGUUGCACAGCAGGAAAAGACAGAAGAGCAAAAACUGUAUCAUUUCAUAA